AUGUUGUUUUCACCAUUUAUCAUUGCCUGCUUGCUAGCUGUAGGAGGCUCAGAAGCAUCUCCUGCAAAGUCUACGGCUUUGGAUGAUUCAGUACCACCUCAGAUACCAAAUCAUGACAUACUACAUAACGCUGCAAGCGUUCGCCCCAAAGACGAGCCGAAGUUGACUACUACCACUACUCAAUUGGAUGACGAGUCAACCUCAACAACCACAACGACCACAACGACCUCAAUCCCAUCGGGACCAUCGCAUGUCGAAACAUCACCAGCUGCAGGGACAACUCACCAUGAUGCAUCGUCACCAACUGACUCCUCGUCCGGGAAUACUGCGGACUCCAACUCAUCCGGAAAUACCGCUGACUCCGACCCAUCCGGUAUACUUUCGUCGCUAGGGCAGGGCUCUUCGACAGGCUCCACCGGUGGCAGUAUCGAAGAUCUCGGAAACGCUAUUAAGGAUCUCGAAGAGCUGCUCACGGGCGUUCGCAGCCUGCUGAAUCCUGAGCUCCUGAGCCAAGUAACAGAUACCUUCAAAUUCAUUUCAACCGGGUUGGCACCUCCAGUGGAUCACCAGAUCAGGCCACUCGUGAUCAACGCGAACAAACUUAUGACUGAUGAGUUUAUUGACAAAGUCAACACACUCAUCGACAAUGCUAACGAGCUUUUGACCAACCAAUUCGUCCAAAAGAUCGACGGACUGAUUGAUCAAGCAAGCGCUCUCUUGACGGCCCAAUUCACUAAGAAGAUUGAUGGUCUGAUUGACAACGCCAGCAACCUUUUGACCGAUCAGUUCAGCAGAAAUGUGGAUGCUCUGGUUCAAAAUGCAAACAACCUUUUGACUGUCCAGUUCAAUAAGAAGGUUGAUUCUCUUAUUGAUAAUGCCAAUACCUUGUUGAGCGACCAGGGUACAAAGGCCAUCGAAAGCCUUGUCAAUAACGCCAAUGGCUUGUUGACCACCCAGGUUACAAAGGCCAUCGAGAGCCUUGUCAAUAACGCCAACAAUCUGCUGACUCCUGGAUUCGUUGAUACCACAAACGGCUUGAUCAAAGACGCCGGCCCUCUUGUCACCCACGCCAAUGAUCUGCUCUCACCUAGCUUUAUUAAGCAAACUUCGGGUCUCAUCGGUGACGCCAGUGGUCUUCUCACACCUAGCUUUAUUAAGCAAACUUCGAACCUCAUCGGGGAAGCUAGUGAUCUCCUCACACCGGCUCUAUCGAAUGCACUCAAACAAUUACUUGGGGAUAUCCUUCCCAUGGUACCUGACCUAAGGGAAUUGAUGCCUGAAAUCAAACAAUUGUUGACAAAGAAAUACAUUCGUGAGAUUGGGUCUCUAUUGACCAACGCCAACACCUUGCUCAGCCCUGGUUUUGUAAACCAGACAUCCACCUUGAUCAACAAUGCCGGCGACCUCCUCACGCCCGAAAUUGUGAGCGGCCUCAGUGGCCUCCUCGAGGAAAUGGCUCCUCUAAUUCCCGAGCUCAAACCGUUGAUCCCAGAGAUCAAGCCUUUCAUCCCGCAGAUUCAAAAGCUGCUUCCUAAGGCCCUGCCUUUCAUCUCACCGGCUACUAUGGAUGAUUUGGGGAUGAUGUUGAUGAAUGGCUACACUUUGCUCAGUGCCGACUUUGUCAACCAUACGUCUACUCUGGUCAGCGAUGCAAACGACCUUCUUACGCCUGAGCUUACGAAGAACCUUGGCGGCCUUCUUGAUGAAGUGACUCCCCUAAUUCCUAAGCUCUACCCCUUGGUUCCUGAGCUCAAACCACUUCUCAAACCGGAAGUCAUAAAGGAAAUUGGGUCACUUGCUACAGAGGCACUACCCUUACUCAAGGAAAUGAUGAACUCGAUGGGCUCGCUUUGA